AAACCCAAUUGAAAAGUUUCUUCCUUUCGAAUUAGUUCUCCACCCUUUCUUCUCUUUUGAGGGUUUUUUCUUCUUUGAUUGUUAAUGGCUGUGGACAAUAAACCAUCUAAACGUACAACGAACCCUGGAGUUCGUGUCAUCGGUGGAAGAAUCUACGAUUCUAGUAAUGGCAAAACUUGUCACCAGUGUCGACAGAAGACGAUGGACUUUGCGGCGUCGUGCAAGGGUAUGAAGAAUGACAAGCAAUGUACCAUUAAUUACUGUCAUAAGUGUUUGCAGAACAGGUAUGGUGAGAAGGCAGAAGAGGUGGCAACCUCAAGUGAUUGGCUAUGUCCUAAGUGCAGAGGCAUCUGCAAUUGCAGUUUCUGCAGGAAGCAAAGAGGCCAAAACCCCACAGGAAUAUUGGCACACAAAGCUAAAGCAAGUGGGCUAUCAUCAGUCUCUGAGCUUCUAGAAGUUGAGGGCAAUGAUAACUUUGCUUAUCAGAAGAAGGCAAAGCAGGAGGAUGUUUCCAUGGAAGGUAGAAGUGUGGAACUAAUUGAUGUUCCCAAAGUGGCUGCCAAGAUCAAGAAACCCAAAGCCACUAAGAAAGUGAAAGAUAAAUUUCAGUUUGAGGCUCAAGUUGAACUUCCUCAGGGUAUAAGCUUGACUAAUGUCUCAGGCAUUGAUAUACCCACUGAAGAAACUGGAAAUGUAUUGCAGUUUCUUGAGUUUUGUUCAGCCUUUGGAAAGGUUCUUGGUGUGAAGGAAGGACAAGCUGAAUCUGUUGUUGCUGAGCUUUUCUCUUGUGGGCGUAACACAAAGAGACAACAAUACGGUUUUGUUGUCCCGAUGAUGAUCCGAUUGGUGGCUAUAAUAUCACAAGAUAGAGAUAUGUCCUUGUCUCUAAGUGAAACUGACGGCACUUGGUUCAGUUCUGUUGGAGAGUGCCUGUUGCAAUCAGGAGUCUUGAGUGAUGAUUUCUCACCUGAAACUUUCAAAUCAGGUGUUUCUGAGUAUAAGAAGAUGGAUGCAUCAACAAGGCUCAAGCUUCUCAACCUCUUAUGUGAUGAAUCACUUGGCACAUGGGCAAUGAGGAACUUCAUGGAGAACGAACUCACAGAGUCUGAAACGAAGAAAAGAGAAGCAAAACAAAAGGCUGCAGCUGCAAAGCAAAAGGAGAAACAGCUGAGGCAGAAAAUGCAAGGUGAUCUUGUCAAAGCCCACAUGGAAAAAAACGGAGCUCCGUUGUCCAUUGAAGAGCAUAAGGCAAUGUUGUCUCAAAUAAAAGCUGAAGCCAAAGAAGCUCGUGGCGAGAUGCUGGAGGCAAAGGGCAUGACAUCUAGAAAGAAUCAAAAAUGUGAUGCUCUUAGAACUGAUCCGAUCCUGUUGAAUGACGGUGGUCGUGUUCUCUGGAAACUAAAUUGCUUUAAUGAAGAACCAAAGUUUUUGGUUCAAGAUCUAGGAACAUUUGAUGAUAUGCCUCCACAUGAAAAUUGGUUAGCCUUUAAGCCUGAGCAGAAACAAGAGAUAGAGAAGUAUAUGAAGUAUACCUCUGCCAACAGGAUGAGAAAGUGAUGCGAGCACAAAAGAAUGCAAAUGUGGAAAUUAAUUUAAAGCAUGAGAAUAGAGACUAUCAUAUAAUUUUUAAGUUUAACUCAUUUCUUCUCUUUCUGUUAUCUUGGCUUCUCUCGGUUCAGUUCGGCUUA